AUGAGGUCCCUCGUGCUGCUGGCUGCCCUGGUGGCAGUGGCUGCUGGCACCCAGACUUUUGUGGGGCACCAGGUGCUGCGCAUCGUCCCCUCCAACCAUGAGGAGCUGCAGAAGGUGCAGGAGCUGCAGGACCUCGAGGAGCUGCAGCUGGAUUUCUGGCUGUCCCCCCGUGGCCUCGGGCACCCAGUCGACGUCCGCGUGCCCUUCCCCAGCCUGCAGCCCCUCAAAGCCCACCUGGAGGCCAACGGCGUCUCCUACUCCAUCAUGAUCGAGGACGUGCAGGAUCUGCUGGAUGAGGAGCAGCAGGAGAUGCUCCGCAGCCGGCGCGGGAUGCCGCUCUCCACCGACACCUUCAACUAUGGCACCUACCACAGCCUGGAUGAGAUCUACGCCUUCAUGGACCUGCUGGUGGCUGAGAACCCCAACCUGGUCAGCAAGAUUGAGAUUGGCAAGUCAACGGAGAACCGGCCCCUCUACGUGCUCAAGUUCAGCAAAGGAGGGACGAACCGCCCGGCUGUCUGGAUCGACACCGGCAUCCACUCCCGGGAAUGGGUGACACAGGCCAGUGGUGUCUGGUUUGCCAAGAAGAUCGUCCUGGAUCAUGAGAAUGACGAAGGUCUGGCUGCCCUCCUGGACAAGAUGGACAUCUUCCUGGAGAUUGUCACCAACCCAGAUGGCUUUGCCUUCACCCAAACCAAGAACCGCCUGUGGCGCAAGACCAGGUCCAAGAACUCGGGCUCCAUCUGCGUCGGCGUGGACCCCAACCGCAACUGGGAUGCAGGUUUUGGAGGAUCCGGGGCCAGUGGCAACCCCUGCUCGGAGACGUAUCGCGGCCCCUACGCCAACUCGGAGCCCGAGGUCAAGUCCAUCGUGGACUUUGUGAAGAACCACGGGAACAUCAAGGCUUUCGUCUCCAUCCACAGCUACUCCCAGCUCCUGCUCUACCCCUUUGGCUACACCACCACCCCGGCCCCCGACGAGAAGGAACUGCACGAGCUCUCCGAGAAGGCGGUGGCAGCUCUGGCCUCUCUGUACGGCACCAAGUACAAGUACGGGAGCAUCAUCACCACCAUCUACAAGGCCAGUGGAGGAACCAUUGACUGGACCUACGAGCAGGGCAUCAAAUACUCCUUCACCUUCGAGCUGCGGGACACGGGGCGCUACGGGUUCCUGCUCCCUGCCAAGCAGAUCAUCCCCACUGCUGAGGAGACCUGGUUGGCCCUGAAGGUCAUCAUGUUCCAUGCACGGGACAACCCCUACUAA